AAUUUUUCAAUUUAUAUUAUUUAUCGAGUUAUCUCAAAUAGGAAUAAUUAGGUCUAGGAAGGAAUAACAAAGCUAAGGAAUAAUUAGGUCUAGGAAUUAUAAAGAUCUUGUAAUUUCUAGAUACCAAAUAGGAAUAAUUAGGUCUAGGAAGGAAUAACAAAGCUAAGGUGAUUACGAAGUAAAAUACAUAAGUUAAGUUACAACUAGCCAAAGGGUCUCCCUUUGGCUAGUUAAAGUAAAUCAUAGGGGGACGUAGUUAAUUUUUUGGAUUUAAGUGUUUAAUCAGCUUGGUAAUUUUCUAAUUACAAUUUUGUGGUCUGAUGUUGUUUCAGGUGGAAUUUCAGUGUUACAAGCUGAAACGUUAGCCCUGUUGGUUGGUCUUAAUUGGACUCAUGUGUGUGGUCUUCAAAUUCAUGCAGUUUAUUCUGAUUCGUUAGCUUUGGUGACGGCCAUUAAUAAAGGGAAGAAGUAUUUCAACGAGCUAGGAGCAUUGUUUGAAGAUGUUAUAGCUUUAUUGUCUAAAUUCCCGGGGGCAGUUUUGUCCCAUGUGGCUCGCUCUGAGAAUUUAGCGGCCCAUGGCUUGGCAAAGCAUGCUCUACGGUUAGACGAUGAGCUAUCCUGGUUCGAGGAGGUUCCAGCGCCGGUGGCGGACGUGAGCGUCGUAAAUUCAUGAGUGAUUUUAAUCACUUUGUCAAAAAAAAAAAAAAAAAAAAAAAAUUUAUUUAGAUGAAUUGUUCGAAAAGAACCGUUCACAAAAAUUUAUGUAUAGCAAAGUAUUAUGUAAAUUUCCUGUAGUAAUGUUUAAUUGAGAAAAUUACUAUUUACUUUUUGGUCAAACUUCAAAAUGGUCAUAGUGGCAAAUUGGUAAAUUUACAUGAAGCAAGCACGUGCAUGAAAGUCCAAAACAAACAAAGGAGCUCAGCUCAGUAGUAUUCUAGUGUUUGCUUACGUGGCACCGAUGAAAUAUAGCCGUUAGGAAUAAAUAAACGACUCCAUUGAAAGACCAAGUCCAGGUUUUUCAACACAAACCGUUAUCAUUUGUAAGAAGAAAAACUAGCCGUUGGGGGGGAUAAAUUUAACGAAGAUGAAGACUCUUUCUGACCCCAUAUGCCUCCCCUGACCUGAAUCUCUCUCUUCCCCAAAAACCCCAUGAAUAUUCUCACAUGAUUUCAUUAUCUAUCUCUCUCUCUCUCACUCCUCACAUUUCUUCCUCAAAUACCAUAUUUCUUCUUUCUUUCCUUCUUCACCAUUUCACUCACUCACUUCCUCUUCUUCUUCUUCUUCUUCUUCUUCUUCUUCUUCUUCUUCUUCUUUGUUGAAAUAAAGAGAGUAGAGUGAUUGAACAACUACUACAAUAGAAACUCAUCUUCUUCUUCUUUCUUUUUUUGGUUUAGUUUCUCUCAUGGGAAAUAAAUGCUUAUUUAGCAAGUUUUUGUUAUAUGGAGGAUUCUUGUUUUUUCAACUUAUUCUCUUUUUCUAUUCUGAGCCUGUUUCAGGACAAUCAUGGGAUGGUAUAAUAGUCACACAAGCUAAUUUUCAAGCUCUUCAAGCCUUCAAACAUGAACUAAUUGAUCCAAAAGGCUAUCUUAGGAGCUGGAAUGACACUGGCUAUGGUGCUUGUUCUGGUAAAUGGGCAGGAAUCAAGUGUUUAAAGGGACAAGUUAUUGCUAUUCAGCUUCCAUGGAAGGGGCUCGGCGGCCGAAUCUCGGAGAAGAUUGGGCAACUCCAAGGUCUUAGAAAGAUUAGUCUUCAUGACAAUUAUCUUUCUGGUAGUGUUCCAUUCUCACUUGGGUUCCUUCCUAAUCUCAGAGGAGUUUAUCUCUUCAACAACAGACUUUCUGGCUCAAUCCCUCCUUCAAUUGGUAACUGUCUUUUACUUCAAACUCUUGAUCUAAGCAAUAAUUCACUCACUGGUGUUAUUCCUUCUAGUCUUUCAAACUCAACCAAGUUGUUUAGAAUCAAUCUCAGCUUUAAUUCUCUUUCUGGUUCUAUCCCAAUCAGUCUCACCAACUCUCAUUCCCUUACAUUCCUUGAUCUUCAACACAACAAGUUCUCUGGUUCUAUUCCAAGUAGUUGGGGUAGUAGUAAUAGUAUUGGGACAAGAAAUUUUCCUUACCAACUCCAAAUAUUGACCCUUGAUCAUAACAACUUCUCUGGAAUGAUUCCAACUACUCUUAGCAAAUUGGGUCAACUUGAACAAGUCUCUCUUAGUAAUAAUCAGAUUAGUGGGACAAUACCAAGUGAGUUAGGGAGUUUGACAAGACUUCAAAAUCUUGACUUGUCAAAUAAUGCCAUCAAUGGAAGUUUGCCUGUUAGUUUUUCUAGACUCUCUUCAUUAGUUACUCUCAAUCUUGGGGGAAACCACAUUGGGAAUCAGAUCCCAGAAUCAUUGGAUCGAUUGCAUAAUCUUUCAGCUUUGAUUCUUAAAGAUAAUCAGUUUAUUGGUUCAAUUCCAGAUACCCUUUCCAACAUAUCUGGAAUUAAUCAGAUUGAUUUAUCUGGGAACAAGUUAACUGGUGAAAUUCCAGCUUCUUUUGUCAACUUAGCAAAUCUCACUUCUUUCAAUGUUUCUUACAACAAUCUAUCUGGUUCUGUUCCAUCCCUACUCUCCAAAAAAUUCAAUUCAAGUUCAUUUGUUGGUAACAUUCAGCUAUGUGGUUAUAGCACUUCAUCCAUAUGCUCAUCUCAAACACCCGAAAACCCUCCAGCUCCAUCGCCAGAAGCUCAAAAGAUGAAGCACCAUCACCACCACAAACUAAGUACAAAAGAUAUUCUUCUAAUAGCUGCAGGUUGCCUCCUACUGGUUCUUCUACUAUUGUGCUGCUUUUUGCUUUGUUGCUUCAUCAGGAAAAGGGCUGCUUCAAAAGGAAAAGAUGGUACAACUUCUAAGCAGGCUGCAGCCACCGAGAAGGCAGCUUCAGCUGGCGUUGAAGUUCAAUCGGGUGGUGAUGCUGGUGGAAAGCUUGUUCACUUUGAUGGUCCAUUUGUGUUUACAGCUGAUGAUUUGUUAUGUGCAACAGCUGAGAUUAUGGGAAAGAGUACUUAUGGAACAUCAUACAAGGCGACACUUGAGGACGGUAAUCAAGUCGCGGUGAAGAGGUUGAGAGAAAAGACUACUAAAGGGCAGAAAGAGUUUGAAGCUGAGGCUGCUGCACUUGGGAAAAUUAGACAUCCUAAUCUCCUUGCUCUUAGAGCCUAUUACUUGGGACCUAAAGGAGAAAAGCUUCUUGUUUUCGAUUAUAUGUCUAAAGGGAGCCUUGCUUCCUUUCUUCAUGCUCGGGGUCCAGAGACUGUGAUUGAUUGGCCAACAAGGAUGAACAUAGCCAUGGAUGUUACAAGAGGACUUCUCUACCUCCAUACUCAAGAAAACAUGGUUCAUGGAAACUUAACAUCUAGCAACAUACUACUAGACGAGCAAACCAAAGCCCACAUUGCAGACACCGGCCUUUCGCGUCUCAUGACAAGUGCAGCAAACACAAAUGUGAUUGCCACUGCUGGAUCACUAGGCUACAAUGCACCAGAGCUCACCAAGACAAAGAAAGCCAACAUAAAAACCGAUGUCUACAGCCUUGGAGUGAUCAUAUUGGAACUCUUAACAGGAAAAUCGCCAGGGGAGCCAACAAACGGUAUGGACUUACCCCAAUGGGUGGCUUCCAUUGUUAAAGAAGAGUGGACAAAUGAAGUUUUUGAUUUGGAACUUAUGAGGGAUGCACCGGCUAUAGGCGAUGAGUUGCUCAACACUUUGAAAUUGUCCUUGCAUUGUGUUGAUCCCUCACCCGAAGCAAGACCUGAAGUUCAACAAGUUCUUCAUCAGCUUGAGGAGAUUAGGCCAGAGGCAGCAGCAGCAGCAGCAGCAGCAGUACCUUCUGCUAGUUCCACUGAAGAAGGAACCAAAGAUGAGUAAAGAUGAGUAGAGUUUUUAGCUAUUGAAAUUCUUUUAUUCUUAUUUAUUAUUUAUGUUGUAAUAUGUGUAUAUUUAGGUGUUUAUUUUGUUACAAUUCUACUAUUUGUUGAUGAUGAGAGUUUUUUUGUUUGCUGGCAAUAAUGCUGUUGUAUUUCAAUGUUAUAUUUAUCUGUUCAAAAAAGACAGAAAAUAUUUGUUAUGAAUUUCUUUUUCUUAAAAUUAAA